CCGGGAGGGCUGUUGAGUUGACAAGAGUGCUGCAUGACACUGUGCUAUAAACAUGCACAAGCAAGACAUCCAUCCAUCGUCGGUCCACGGUCGUGUGAAAUGCGUGUGACCCCACUAUGUCCAUCCAUCAUUCUUCAUCGACACAUCUCCGCAUCUCAGAAGCGCUGUGCAGACCGCUCAGACCGCUCAGUCAGCGCACACAUCCGGGUGAAGGGAAUGCCUCGCCAAACGUCACACGCACAUCACCCACACGGCAGGAUGCACGUCAGGAAAUAAAGAAAGAUGCACACUCACUCACGUAUGUAUCUCUCGGCGCAGUAGCGCUGUGGCUGUUGCCUCACUCGAUCAGCUAGCUGCCGUGCGGUUGGCGGACGGGACGGGUGGAUCGAUCCAUGCAGACAGACAGAUAGACAGAUGGGAAAAAGAAUCCCUCCGGGGCGGGGAUGGCUGCCGGCAGUAGCAUAUGUACUGCUCAGAAAGGGAGAAACACACAUGCACACACACAUACGCGCACACACAUGACACGUCCAUGCCACCCCCCCUAGCCUCCCCUGCUUCCCUCGUGUGUGGUCGGCCAUCCCUCGGUUGCAUGGCAUGGACCGAGAAAAACUGGUGACGAACACGUUUGCCUGCAAACUCUCUCUCUCACCUGUCUCGCGUUGUGCUGCCUUCCCGUCCACCCACCCACCCCCCCACCAGCCCCACUCCUGCCUGCCUGUCUGUCUGCUUGUCUGCCUAUGAAUGGCUUUAAAUCAUGCCAUGAACCCCGCUUGACGCACACACGCACGGAACACGCAGGUGUGUGUGAGCUUAUGGGACGAGAUGUGUGUCCGCAUCAGGAAUGUAUGUAUGUGUAUAGGUAAGAGAUAUGCCGCAGGAGUGCAGUCAGACAGGCAGGCAGGCAGGCCCCCCCACCCCACCCCACCCGGCCCCAAUUGCCUGGCCCGGCUGCCUUAAUUGCCGCCACCCAUCCCGGCCAUCAAGAGAGUCAGUGAGUGCAGUGAGUGAGCGUCUUGGACGACCGUUGCUCUCAGAGGGCGGCGGUGAUCUUGCGGUCUAUCAUCUUCUUCUCAACCUGCAGAUGAGAUGACAGCACAACAGGACGGCAUCCGUAUGUGUGGUGCGUCGUUGGGUGUGUGUGUGUGUGUGAGUGUGUGUUUCUUAUCUAAGGUAUACCUCUUCGGCGAGUUUAUCCAUAAACUCCUCGCUAUUCAUGUAGUCCUUGUCAGUCAACCUGACACCAAACCCACACAACACGUCCCUCCCCAUGCCAUGGACGGGGUGGUGGAUGUAGAGUAGAGUGGUCUGUCUCACUUGUUCGACCCCUUGAUGCAGAGUGCCAGGUCCUUGGUCAUGAAGCCCGCCUCGAUCGUCUCAACACACGCCUCCUCCAGUGCCUGCAGGACAUACCAUGGGAUGGACAGACACGCACACACACGCGAUGAGCAGAGGGGCGAGCUCUUUCCCCCCUCUUGUCCUUGCUCACAUGUGCGAACUGCUUGAGUUUCUCGUUGUUGUCGAGCUUGCCGCGGUGUGCGAGUCCUCUGGUCCAGGCAAAGAUGGAGGCGAUGGGGUUGGUGGACGUCUUCUGACCCUUCUGGUGCUGCCUGCUCAGAUCAGACGCACACAGACAGACAUGCACACAUCUGUCUGUCUCUGUGGGCUGCUGGGCGUGUGUGUGUGAGUUGCAUGCUUAGCUUGCCUGUAGUGUCUUGUCACGGUGCCGUGUGCGGCCUCGGCCUCGAUGGUCUUGCCGUCAGGGCACACCAACACCGACGUCAUCAGACCCAAUGAACCAUACCUGAUAUAUCCAUGGAUAACGACAUAUCACGCACACAAUCCCUCGGUGACCAGCCCGUCCUCUCUCUCUCUCGUGCUCCGGGACUCACUGACUGACCCUUGUGCGACGACAUCCGACUGGACGUCUCCGUCAUAGUUUUUGCACGCCCACACGAAGCCUCCCUCGGCCUUGAUGGCCUGCGCAACCAUGUCGUCGAUCAGCCGGUGUUCGUACCAGAUGCCCGCCUUCUCGUACUGAGGCUUGUACUCCUUGCUGCACACGCACAUUCACACAUACACACACACAUGUGUUUGGUCUGAUGAUGUGGUGUGGUGUGGUGUGUGUCGGUGUGUGUUUGGUUUAUAACUCACUCGUACAUCUCCUGGAAGAUGUCCUUGAAGCGGCCGUCGUAUGCCUUGAGGAUGGUGUUCUUGGUGCUCAUGUACAGCGGAUACCCUACACACAUACACACACACAAAUGUGUAAGUGUGUGUAUGUGACGUAGGUAACAAAGGUACCUAUUUACCCACCCUGUUCGAGUGCGAAUUCGAAGCAUGCGGUGGCGAAUCCCCUGAUGGACUUGUCGGUGUUGUACAUGCCCAUGCACACGCCGCCCCCGUCCUUGAAGUCGAACACCUCAUACUUCUGGGGACCAGAUCUGCUCAUCAAACAGUGCGAAAACAGCCCACAAUCCAACACUUGCUUCUGAGGCACAGAACUAGUUUGUGAGGGUGAGUGAGAGUAAGUGAGAGUGAGAGUGAGAGUGACAGCGAGAACAGAUAAGAUAGAUAGAUAAGAGCGAUAGAUACAGUCAGUGGUGGAUAGAUAGAGUGGGCCACAGCACAACCAACACACAGACACACAGAUGCACUCACUACACAGGCACCCACUCUCUGUCUGCCUGCCUGCCUGGCCCCACUCUCGCCACUCACCCGUCAGCCGGUGUGUAGACGAUUUCGAAUUUGCCGGGUUUCUCGACGACGAAGUCGGUGGCCUUGUACUGGUCGCCGUGGCCGUGCCUGCCGAUGAUGAUUGGCUUGGUCCAGGACGGCACCAGCCGCGGCACGUUCUUGCACAGAAUGGGGGCACGGAAGAUAGUGCCGUCCAGGAUGUUGCGGAUCGUUCCGUUGGGCGAACGGUACAUCCUCUUCAAGUUGAACUCUGGUGGCACACACACACACAUACACACACAGUCUCUGCAGUGGGGGUCUUCCCUCCUCUCCCUCUCCCUCUCUCUGUGAGUCAGUCAGUACCUUUGACUCUUGCCUCAUCUGGCGUGAUGGUGGCGCACUUGAUGCCCACGUUGUACUGCCUGAUGGCCUCGGCCGCCUGCACCGUGAUCUUGUCGUCCGUCUCGUCGCGCUUCUCAAUGCUCAAGUCGUAGUACUUGAUGUCAAUAUCCAGGUACGGCAGGAUCAACUGCACACACAACAAGAGCGCACACAACACACACACACACACAGCAAGAGAGAUCUCCCACCCACUCACACAAAUGAGCUGCCUGCCUGCCUGCCCCGAUCUGCCUGUCCCACUGCUUGCUGUGGCUGGCGGCGGUGACUGUGCUGACUGACCUUUUCCUUGAUCCACUCCCAGAUGAUGUGGGUCAUCUCAUCGCCAUCGAGCUCCACGACGGGGUUGUCCACCUUGAUCUUCUCGAACUUGCGGCUCAUGUUCAGUGACUCAGGCAUACACACACACCGAACACACAGGACCAGCUGAGACGAUUCGAAUUCGAUUGCAA